GCUGAAUUGAAAAUUCCACUUCGAAGAGCAUUUAAUUUCAUUUAUUUAAGCUGAACUACCACAACCAAAAAAAAAUAUAUCAAAACAAAAAUAAAUAUCUUAUCCGACGCUACCUACAAAAAGAAUAAUAAAAAAUUCCCAUCAUUUUUCCUCAAAACUAAAAACCAAACCAACCCACCAACUACACGAAAUCAAAACGCAUUCACCUCUGAAAAUCCCCAAAAAAAAAUCCCCAAAAAGAAAACAAAAACCCUAAAUUUCUGCAACGAUGAUGCACAUGACGUUCUACUGGGGCAGAAGCGUCACGAUUCUCUUCGAUUCAUGGCAGACCGAUUCAUGGCUGAGCUACUUCCUCUCUCUCUUCGCCGUCUUCCUCCUCAGCGCCUUCUACCAGUACAUGGAGGAGCGCCGCCUCCGAUUGAAGCUCCUCUCCCUCGCCAAGAGCCCCCCGCCGCCGCCGUCGGCCGCCGCGACCACCCCGCUGCUCCUCCCCAAGCUCACCGGCCGCAGGUUCUCCCCUUACCAGCUCGCGGGGGCGAUCCUGUUCGGGGUCAACUCGGCGAUCGGCUACUUCCUGAUGCUCGCCGUGAUGUCGUACAACGCCGGCGUCUUCAUCGCGGUGGUGGUGGGGCUCGCCGUCGGCUACCUCUUCUUCCGCGGCGGCGACGAGGAGCUGGUGCACAUCGACAAUCCCUGCGCCUGCGCCUGAUCCUGAUCAGAUUUGGAUGGAUGUUUGAAUCUGAUUGGUGAAUUGCGCUGUAUCUAUAUUGAAAUCGAUCGAGAUCAUUGCUCAGUUUGAUUUGGUCUUUUUCGAUUUCUUUUGUAUUUGGUGAUUUGAGUUUGGAUCUUGGAUUUAUUCUGUUGCUUGUUUGAAGAAAUGAAGUUGCGAUGGAUUUAUGUAUCGAUGUAAUUGGUCUGGGGAAAUUAUGUAUUUUUAUGCAAACUUAUAAAAACUUUAUUUCUAUAUU